AUCAUUACUUCCCAAAAUAUUCUGUCCCGCCCGCCCCCGACUCCCACUGCCACUUUCCCACUCCCCCUUCUUAAAAGUUGCCCAAAAGCUUCGACUUUCCAGAGCGUCACAGUCUCUGCGACUCAGAAGGAGGGAGAGAGAGAGGGGAAGAAAGGGCGUGUUUGACGAUGGAGACGGAAAGAACCCAGAUGAAGUUGCCAGUCUCCUCCUCCAACUCUCCGCUGACCAAGAAUUCCCCGGCGAUGACCAAAGGAGCUUUUGCUGCCGUUUCUUACAUGGCUUCCGCCGUUCUCUUGAUAAUGUUCAACAAAGCAGCCCUUUCUUCUUACAAUUUCCCGUCUGCAAAUGUCAUCACACUUUUCCAGAUGGUAUCGUCGUGUACAUUUCUGUAUGCAAUGAAAUGCAGGAAGAUCGUUUCUUUCACAACUGAACCAGAGAGUACUCCGAACAAUCCAGCAGUUCUCGUACCAUUUAAGACGUUGAUUCGCACUCUUCCUCUUGCAAUGUCCUAUUUGCUUUACAUGUUGAUUACAAUGGAAUCAGUUCGUGGUAUAAAUGUUCCUAUGUACACCACCCUCAGACGGACUACAGUAGCUUUUACAAUGAUUGUUGAACAUAUUUUGACACGGCAGAAACAUUCAUAUCCUGUUAUGGGCAGUGUGGGGAUAAUUAUACUUGGUGCAAUUGUUGCCGGAGCUCGGGAUUUGUCAUUUGACGCCUAUAGCUAUGGUGUUGUCUUUGUUGCAAACAUAUGCACGGCGAUAUAUCUUGCUUCUAUAGCUCAUAUUGGUAAAUCCAGUGGUCUUAGUACCUUUGGCCUAAUGUGGUGCAAUGGAAUAAUAUGUGGACCAAUCUUGCUGUUUUGGACAUCAAUUAACGGUGACCUAGAAGGGAUGAUAAACUUCCCGCAUCUAUUCUCCCCUGGGUUUCAGGCUGUGAUGCUGCUUUCCUGUGUUAUGGCUUUUUCCAUAAAUUAUUGCGUUUUUUGGAAUACCACUCUGAAUUCUGCUCUCACACAGACAAUUUGUGGUAAUUUGAAGGAUCUUUUUACUAUCGGACUUGGCUGGUUACUGUUCGGCGGGCUUCCAUUUGAUUUGUUAAAUGUUGCUGGUCAAUCUCUUGGUUUUUUUGGGUCCUGUUUAUAUGCGUACUGUAAACUCCGAGGGAAAUGAGAGGCAAGUGGCUACAUAAAGUCUUCCUUCAGGCGAAGUAGUGGUCCGAUGACUGGGGAAUGGCUGCCUGCAUCAGCUGCCAAAUUUUGAUUUGUAUCCUCAGGUUCUUGACGAGAAAUAAAUAAUCUUUCUAGCUUAGUCUCAAAAGAUUAAAGUUUAUCAAACAUGUAGCUUAUAUUUGUACGAGUUCCGAUUUCCCUCAAGCUAUCUAGUUAGCAAGUAGUAAUUUGCUAAUUAAGUAGAUUUGACGUAGUGAUGUGUAAUUUAGACUGGAGUUUUGUUCUUGCCUGGGAGAACUUGUAGUUUUUACUUUGAAACAAUGACAAAGCUCUUGUUCUUAAA